AGUAAGAGUGAUGGCAAUGCGUUUGAAUAUUCUUUUACAGGAAAAAGAAGACCAGAAGCUUAUGGAGUAAUAUUCAUAGAUGCAAUGGGAGUGAUGCAUAGAUCAUACUUAAACAGAAAAGGAAAGAAUGAGAUAAUCUUAUCAGCUGGGGCAAUUGGAAGCCCACAGUUGUUGAUGCUGAGUGGGAUUGGUCCUGCUAAACAUCUGCAGGCUCAUGGAAUCACGGUGGUUUUGGAUCGGCCCUGGGUGGGUCAAGACAUGGCAGAUAAUCCAAUGAACGUUCUGGUGGUUCCUUCCCCUUUGCCUGUUGAAGUCUCUCUGGUCCAAACAGUGGGCAUCACAAAGUCUGGUAGCUUCAUUGAAACAGGCAGUGGAUUAAGUUUGGGCCCUUCUUGGUCUGAAAGACUUCAAAAGAUUUUUGAAUUUGUGUCAAACCAGUCUGGUCAGCCUUCGACGUUUUCCUCAGAAAACACGCAGAGGGUUGCAGACUUGGUUAGAUUUUUAACGGGUCCAACUCUGAAAGGAGGAAUCAUUAUUGAAAAGAUCACAGGACCACGAUCCACAGGUCAUUUGGAGCUCAUAACCACAAAUCCUAGUGAUAAUCCAUCAGUUACUUUUAAUUAUUUCAAGGAUCCAGAGGAUUUGAGAAUCUGUGUUGAAGGCAUGAAAACCAUCAUUGAUGUGGUAAACUCAAAAGCAUUAUCAAAGUUCCGGUACCCCAACUUGCCAGUCCAAGCUCUAUUGAACUUGAUGUUGCUGAUACCAAUGAACUUGAGGCCAAAACAUGUCAAUACUGCUUAUUCUUUACAACAGUAUUGCAUAGACACUGUGCUAACAAUUUGGCAUUACCAUGGAGGGUGCCUCACUGGUAAAGUUGUUGAUCAUGAUUAUAAGGUUAUUGGGGUCGAAGCUCUGAGGAUAAUUGAUGGAUCCACCUUUUAUCGCUCACCUGGGACUAAUCCUCAAGCCACCGUCAUGAUGCUUGGAAGGUAUAUGGGAGAACAAAUUAUAAACAAAAGAUUCUCCGGUUGACAGAAAAGUGAAGGGAUCAAUUGAGCGCAUAUUUGCUGUUGUUUCUUAUCAGUUUGCUGUGUAGUAUUUGGGUUGUCACUUAGACCUCUUUCUCUUUCUUCUGAAUGCUGUGUCUGUUUAUAGGAGAACAUUUGCACUUGUUCUUUUUUUCUAUUAUAAUAUUUAUUUCAGUAAUAUAAUUGCAAUUUGAUAGAAAAAA